AUGGCUCCCGAAUACGAAACAACCUUUACCCGCACUCUUCCCUUCACGACCCACAAGAUUCCUCAAGAGCUGGUAGAGAAUGAAGAAGAGUUCUACAAAGCUCUCUGCGACAAAUUCGGGGCUUGGACAUGGGUAUGCGAGAGAAAAGAGGGCAAGUAUGUAGUUGAAACAAACAAGGACGCGUCGACAGACUUGAAGAAGGAUCUGCAGGAGAAGGGCGUCUUGAAGGGUGAUGAGCACCUGGUUCAAGCCGCCUCUUGAUUCAGAGCGGAUAUGAGGGUCGGGGCGGAGACAAUAGAGAGCCCGCGCCAGAGAUUCGCAAUUCGGAACAUUUGCUCAAAAUGAAUGAUAUCGGUUAAUUAAUUGCAAAGCCUUAAGAG